AUUUUAAUUGAAAACAUUUUUGUAUUUGUUUCCGUCACACAAUUUCGUCUAUUAAUUGGUAAUAACAACCUGUUUUAUAUCUUCAUAUUUAACUAAUCAAUCAAAUUGUGUCCCCCCAUUUCAAAAGAUCACGAGCAGCCACUGUCUUUUGGAGUAGUUAUUCCAUGCUUAAAUGUUUAGAAAGAAAAUGCUAAGUUGAAAUUGGAAAUCGACCAUCAAGGUAAUGCCUAACCUCAGGAGCUUCAUAUCAAGAGGAAUUGAAUAAAACUGUGAAGAGCAAAAACUAAUUCAAGAAAAAUAACCAACCGAUGAAGACAAAGAAAGAACUGCAAAUUUCAAUUUACUGUUAAAAAAGAAAUGGACGGGAUGGUCCCACACCUAUUGGAAUACCCUCAUAAAUGUUAAUUAUCUGGCAAGUAAAAGUUUUGGGUUGUGGGAAUCCUUAACUGAAAACUUACCAGCCAUUCAAAAUAAUCUUCAGUUGCUCACCAUUUUAUUUUCUGGCAUACUAUCAUUUGCAAAAUCUCAUACUAACCAGUUUCAAAAUUCAUGAGAUUUUUGAUAUCAGCAAUUGAUACUUCAACCGGAAAACUAUAGGAACUUGACUGAUGAAACGUCGUGCUCUUUUUUCAAUGCUAUGUAACCAAUGGAAAGUGAAAUAAUACUUAUGUACAUGAAUUUUUGGAAUCAGUACUGGUACUCCAAAAAUAGAGCCCCUAAAUGCAAAUUGUUUUCAGACGGUAAAUCUUUCCAUUCAUUUUUUUUUUCGUUUCAGUCAUGUUCUACAACUACCCAUAUUCUUAACUUCGCUUUAUUUAAAUUAGUGCCAGGAAACAACAUAUCACAGUUCGUUAGAAUACCCUAAAUUAAAUUAACGACUUCAGAAUUGAACAACUUAAACGGUUUUGGCGACACGAUUUCGUUUAAUUUAAUAAAUUAUUUCUAUCUGUAGUUCUUUGUACAGUAUACAAAAUUAUCUAACAGACGUGUUUCACUACUUCUUGUUAAAUUAGUGGGGGCCGAACCUUUUACGAGUGUAUAAAGUCAAAUACGCUGCUUAUGCACAUUCCAGACCAAUAACAUAUAACUGGCUUUAAGCAAAUUUUAGAUUCGCCGAUUCCAAAUGGUUGAAAAAUUACCCAAGGAAAAAAAAUUUUCGUGGUGGGAACGACAGACUAGAAUUGAAAAAUGUUUGCUUGUUCUUACCGGGUUUUCUGUUGUUGUAAUCACCUACUUGAUGUCAAAUUUCCUAAUGACGUUUCCUCCAACCAGAGAGGGUCUUCCACAAGACGUGUGUUUAACGGAAAAAUGUAUUCGUUCAGCAGCACACAUAUUAGAGAAAAUUGACGAAACCGUUGAUCCGUGUGACGAUUUUUAUAAAUUUGCUUGUGGUAACUUUGUUAAAAAUACCAUAAUUCCUGACGACAAAGUAAUGGUUUCUUCCUUCAGCGACACUAGAGAUAAAGUAAAUCUACAACUGAUGAACCUUUUGGAAGAGCCUGAUCGAGAUCAUGAACCAUCUCAUCUAAAACUUCUCAAGAAAGUUUAUAAAUCGUGCAUGAACACAAAACAAAUUGAAACAGAAGGGCUGACUUUUGUGAAAAAUGGGUUUAAGGAUCUUGGUGGGUGGCCUGUUGUAGAACCUUAUUGGAACGACAAAAUUUUCGAUUGGAAAAGCCUUUUGUAUCGUAUUCAGAAAAGCGAAUGGAGAGAAAGUUUCUUCUUUAGCAUGCAUGUGGGUACUGAUUACAAAGAUUCCACCAAAGUCAUAUUUACAAUUACCCAACCUUCUAUGUAUUAUGAAACACUAAAGAAAGGUUUUAACGACACUACAGUUAAAGCUAUGUAUAACCACAUGGUCGAAUUUGCGGUUCUUUUUGGUGCGGAUAGAGCAACUGCCAUUUCUGAUAUGAAAGACGUUAUUGAUUUUCGAAUUGAAUUGGCAAAGCUGAUAAUUCCAGAUGAGGAAGAAAAAAAUAAAUCUUUGAACUAUAAUCCUGUAACAAUUCGAGAAUUACAGAAAAAUUACCCGAGUCUUUCUUGGUUAAAGUUGAUCAACAAUUAUUUGUCUCCGAUAGAUACGUUUACUUCGGAUGAUAUUAUUAAUGUAGCGAUUCCAAAAUAUAUGGAUAGCUUAGAAACAUUUCUACCUAACAUCAAAAAGAGGACCUUAGCAAACUAUAUGUUUUCAACCAUUCUUGAGCGUUUGGUUACCCAUUUGCCAGAACAAUUUAGAAGAAAAGAAGCGGAAUAUGAGAGAAUUGCGUAUACGAAAAAUGAGGCAACUCCGAGAUGGAAAACUUGCGUGUGGCAAGCAUCGAGGUUGCACAUCGCUAUGUCAUCUAUACAUAUCAAGCAUAUGUUGGAUAAACUUAUUAAACAUAAAGUGACUGAAUUAGUAGCAGACAUUAAGAGCUCAUUUUUGGAUACUUUGAAAAAAGUGGGUUGGAUGGAUCAGAAGACGAAAAAACACGCUGUUAUUAAAGCAGAGAAAAUGAGCUAUUUUAUAGGUUACCCUGAGGAACUUCUAGAUGACAACAAUGUGGAAGAUUAUUAUCAAGGAUUGGAGCUGAAUGGUGACGAGUAUUCUUUGAAAGUCCAUUUUAAUUUGUCACGAUUUCUUCAUAUGAAGCAUUUUCAGGAGCUGCGUAUACCCGUGAAUAACGAAGGCUGGAAAACCCAAGCAUAUACUUUUAAAGUCAAUGCCUUUUAUAUACAAGUCGAAAACACCAUUGAAUUGCCUGCUGCUGUGCUUCAGGAUAACUUCUUUGAUCCCGAUAGACCUCAAUACUUGAAUUACGGAGCGCUAGGGGACAUAAUUGGCCAUGAAAUCACUCACGGAUUUGAUAGUAAUGGCAGGCAGUAUGAUAAAAACGGCAAUGUGAUUGAUUGGUGGGAGCCGGAAACUAACCGAACCUUUGGGCAGAAAAGCCAAUGUCUUGUGGACCAAUACAGCAAUUACACAAUUCCUGAGUCAGAAAUUAAUUUAAACGGCCUUAAAACUUUGGCUGAAGAUAUCGCCGAUAACGGUGGAAUUAAAAUUGCAUACAGAGGGUAUUUGAAAUGGCUGGAAAGGAAUAAACCGGAGCUGCCUCUUCCGGCACUUCGGUAUACACCGCGUCAGCUUUUCUGGAUUUCUGCGGCCACUAAUUCGUGUGCCAAAGUGAAGAAAGAAUAUUUAAAGCAGUCUAUUCGUUGGAGUGCUCAUUCUCCCGAUUAUUUUCGAAUUCUGGUUUCUUUUAUGAAUUCGGACUAUUUUGGAAGGGAUUUUAACUGCCCUCUGGGGUCGCCGAUGAAUCCUAAAUAUAAGUGUAGUGUGUGGUGAAAAGCCCCCACUCUGAAAAAGAUAAAUAGGAAACUUUUAGAAAUUUUAGAAAAACUUAAGACAAUAAUUUAUUUAUCCAAAAUAACCAAAAACAUUUUACCAAAUAAAAAUAAAACUCUUAAAACUA